CAGCAGCAUCUUGACCUCAGCUCCUCUGGCACAAGGCAAGCUGGGAAGGUUAAGACUGAGUCUGAGGAGGAGGAUGACGGAAAACACCGUUGAGGUUAAAGCAGAGCAUCACUCCUUUCUGCCAUCAGUUCUUUUAGCCUGGAAGAAACAAGACUCCUUCUGGCACACAGAACCGACUCAACAUGUGAACCAGCACUGGGGGACGAUGCUGUGAAGAUGAUGAAGGACUCAUACUGUACAGCUGCAUCCUGCUGACUGCUGAUAUGAAACGCAUGGAUUAUGGAUCGGAUAUGGAUAUGUUGCAAAGUCCUACUUGUUCUCAGUGUUUGUGUGAAUUCAUCGUUGCACGGCGGCGACGACGCUUCCUGUGAUGGGGCGUUUGAUAUUUAUUUUGUGUUAGACAGGUCAGGCAGUGUGUCGGGACACUGGGAUGAGAUCUAUGGAUUUGUGGAGCAGCUCACCAACAGGUUUGUCAGUCCCAGGAUGAGGGUUUCAUACAUAGUCUUUUCAGCCAAAGCAGUUGUAAUACUGCCAAUAACUGGAGACAGAUCUGAGAUAGACGAGGGUUUGAAGAAGCUGAGCCAAAUUAAACCUGCUGGUGAAACGUACAUGCAUGAAGGCAUGAUGGCGGUGUCACAGCAGAUGAAGACACAAACCUCACCGUCAUCCAGCAUCAUCAUUGUUCUGACUGAUGGCAAGCUGGAGGUUUACCCAUAUGAACUGAGCGUACAGGAGGCUGAUAAAGCCAGAGGGUUUGGAGCCAGAGUAUACUGUGUCGGGGUCAUGGACUUUGACCACAAACAGCUUGCAGAAAUAGCAGACGGCACAGAACAAGUCUUUCCAGUGCUGUCUGGGUUUCAUGCCCUCAAAGACAUCGUCAACUCGAUCCUGAAGCAGUCAUGCAUAGACGUAUUCACAAUAGAGCCGUCGAGUGUUUGUGUGAAUGAGUCUUUCAAUGUGGUGCUGAGGGGCAGUGGCUUCAGUGGAUCCAGGAGGGCAGACAACAUACUCUGCACCCUCACUGUCAAUCAAAAGACAUACGACCAGAAGCCAACAGUAGUUAGAGAUGGCCAUCUGCUGUGUCCAGCCCCUGUUCUGCACGAGGUCGGACAAUCAAUCGAAGUGCUAGUUAGCCUGAACAAUGGACAAUCCUACAUCUCCGCUCCCAUCACCAUCUAUGCCACAACAUGUUCAGAUGGGACAUGGGUGCUCUGGUUGCUGUUGGCUCUGUUGCUGUUACUGGCUCUGGCUUUACUCUGGUGGUUCUGGCCUCUCUGCUGCACUGUGGUGAUCAGAGACCCACCCCCCUCUCGCCCACCUCCUCCACCCCCUGUCAUUGAUCCAGAAGAAGAUCCUUUGCCCAAACACAGGUGGCCUACAGUGGAUGCUUCAUACUAUGGCGGCAGAGGUCCUGGAGGAAUCAAACGCAUGGAAGUACGCUGGGGGCAGAAGGGCUCCACAGAGGAAGGGUCACGGCUCGAGAAAACAAAAGACGCUGUGGUCACUCUGCUGGAGGAAGUGGAUGAGCCCAUCAUACCCCGACCCCCUCCGCGACCUCCCCCGGUCUUCAACCCCCCGUCACAGUCCAAAUGGUACACUCCCAUCAAGGGGCGUUUUGAUGCACUGCUGGCAUUACUGAGGAGACAGUACGACAGAGUGGCAAUCAUGAGACCGACAUCUCAGGACAAGGGCCGCUGCAUUAACUUCACCAGAGUUCAGAGUCACUGAUGUUCAAACAUGAGGAUCAACACUUUUCACUUUAUUCCAUUUUUUUUUGCCAAAGAUGACUAACAUGUACACUUAGAGAUAAACGUUAGGAGUCAAUGUGUAUUGUAAAUAAAUGUCUUUACUUAUA